GUGACAUAUUUAAAACUAAAAUAUUGUUUGAAAAUUUAACCUUAAAGAGGUUAUAAAGUGUGUUGAUAACUCAAAACUCGAAUGAUCAAAAUAAUUAGAGAAAAUAAUGCCAAAUCUUAAGAUAACACCAUUAGGUGCUGGACAGGAUGUUGGCCGUAGUUGUAUUUUAUUAUCAAUGGGUGGUAAAAAUAUAAUGUUAGAUUGCGGUAUGCAUAUGGGAUAUAAUGAUGAGCGAAGAUUUCCAGAUUUUUCAUAUAUCACACCCGAAGGACCUUUAACUGGUCAUAUAGAUUGUGUUAUUAUAUCACAUUUUCAUCUGGAUCAUUGCGGUGCGUUACCGUAUAUGUCAGAAAUGGUUGGAUAUACAGGACCAAUUUAUAUGACACAUCCAACGAAAGCAAUUGCACCGAUUUUAUUGGAAGAUAUGCGUAAAGUAACGGUUGAACGUAAAGGUGAAACAAAUUUUUUCACAUCCCAAAUGAUUAAAGACUGCAUGAAAAAGGUUAUAGCUGUUACAUUACAUCAAUCUGUGGUAGUUGAUUCUGAGUUAGAAAUUAAGGCGUAUUACGCUGGGCAUGUCUUAGGUGCAGCUAUGUUUUGGAUAAAAGUGGGUAACCAGUCAGUUGUAUACACAGGAGAUUAUAAUAUGACACCAGAUCGACAUUUGGGUGCAGCUUGGAUCGAUAAAUGUCGACCAGAUUUACUAAUUUCUGAAUCAACGUACGCUACAACAAUUCGUGACUCAAAACGAUGCAGAGAACGUGAUUUUCUUAAAAAAGUACACGAAUGUGUCGAUCGUGGUGGUAAAGUUUUAAUUCCCGUAUUUGCUUUAGGACGUGCUCAAGAAUUAUGUAUUUUACUCGAAACAUAUUGGGAACGAAUGAAUUUAAAAAUUCCCGUAUAUUUUGCAUUAGGUUUAACUGAAAAAGCGAAUAAUUAUUAUAAAAUGUUCAUAACAUGGACAAAUCAGAAAAUUCGAAAAACAUUCGUACAACGAAACAUGUUCGAUUUUAAACAUAUCAAACCGUUUGAUCGUUCAUACAUAGAUAAUCCAGGUGCAAUGGUUGUAUUUGCUACACCCGGUAUGUUACACGCUGGGUUAUCUUUACAAAUUUUUAAAAAAUGGGCGCCAAGUGAAAACAACAUGGUUAUUAUGCCCGGAUUUUGUGUACAAGGGACAGUGGGACAUAAAAUAUUAAAUGGAGCGAAAAAAAUCGAAUUUGAGAAUCGACAAAUUGUUGAAGUUAAAAUGGCUGUUGAAUAUAUGUCGUUCAGUGCGCAUGCAGAUGCAAAAGGUAUCAUGCAAUUAAUACAAUACUGUGAACCAAAAAAUGUUAUGUUAGUACAUGGGGAAGGACCCAAAAUGGAUUUUUUAAAAGAUAAAAUUCGAGAAGAAUUUAACAUUGAUUGUUUUAAUCCGGCUAAUGGCGAAACUUGUGUGAUAACAACACCGAUUACAAUUCCAGUCGAUGUAGCUUUACCAUUAUUGAAAAGUGAAGCGAAAAAAUAUAAUGCUUUACCGCCCGAUCCAAAACGUAGACGAGUUGUUCAUGGGGUUUUAGUAAUGAAAGAUGAUUCGCUGUGUUUAAUGGACGUGGAUAUGGCUUGUAGUGAAGCCGGUAUUAAGCGACAUAUUGUACGAUUUACAUCAACUGUCCGUAUCGAAGAUCAAGGGACAGCUGCGUCAACAGCUGAUAAAUUAUUAACGCUAAUACGAAAUCAUUUACCAUCGUGGCCAGUACAAUUUACGGAUGGUUCGAUUUCUGUUGAAUCCGUGUUGGUUAAAGUUGAAGGUGAUGACGGUGAACAAAAGAAUGUUUUUGUAUCAUGGACGUCACAAGAUGAAGAUCUAGGUAGUUACAUUUUAGGUAUACUAAAUAAUAUUGGUCAAUGAAGCUUUAUUCAAAAAGCUUAGCGUUUAAACAAAUUGUGUAUAUUGAAUAAUUUGUUAAUUAUUUUUCGUAAUUAUAUUAA